GAUUUCAAUGGUUUUUUUUAAUCAGUUUUAAGAUCUUGUUUUUGGUUUGUUGUCAUUUGAUUGGAUGUUUUUACAAUUUUCUUAUCCUGGGAGUCAAUUAUGAUGGGGUUUUGAUCAGUUUGUGUCAUUGCUAUUUCUUUUUUGAUAAGUGCUUUUGUUCGUAGUAUCCUUGUUGGAUGAGAUUAUGGCUGUUUUGGUUCAUUAUAAUCCGGGUAGUUUCCACUGCAAGUGAACUCUGAUAAUAGGUUAGCACUAAGGAGGAAGUCGAAUGAGCAAAAAGGUGUUGGAAUUAGGAUGUCCAUCCCUCUCCAUGCAGUCACGAGUUUAAACCUGCUUGCGGUGGUAAUUAUUGUGAACCAGUUGCCAUAUGUAGGGCACCUUGUUCAACUUGUACUUUUGUAUGAGCUGUGGUGACGGAAGGGUUGGAUACUAGCUACCUUGCAACACUAUCUUGCAAGAGCACCUACCAGCUGAACAUUCCACACUGGGGGAACCCUAUAGUCAUGUCAAGGGGGUCACUACAUUGGUGGCUCUACCUUGCAAGACUAUCUCCCAAGAUCAGAUCCCAGCCACACAUUCUGCGCUGGGGGAACCCUAUAGUCAUGUCAAGGGGGCCACUACAUUGGUCGCCCCUUUACCGAACUCCAAUAUGGCAAUAUGCUGACAAAUACUAUAUUUAUUAUGGUAAAGCUAUUAUUGAAGUUAUUCACUUUUAUUUUAAGUUCAAUGGUGAAUGGACCCACACCAUUCUUCUCCCAUCCCCUUUUUUAUGAGAGGUUUACAAAUGGAAAAAGACUAUUUUAUGCCAUACUCCAUUAAUUAUCCUAUAUGUGGCUCGACGUUAGAUGUAGGAGAUAAACCAUUUUUGAUAACCAAUUGGUGUUUAGAUCAGCUUACACACACAUUCAUUAAUCAUGGUGAUCAAUCCCAUCGUCCACUUGGGAGAGAGAGAACAAUAUUACAUUAUGCUUCUUCUUUAUCCAGUGACGAUAUAUGCGUAGGAGUUCAAAAAAGAAUUAUGUCUUUUUUUCUUUAAUAUCUCAAGGUGUGAAUUAGCUUACACACCUUAAAUAAUCUCUGACGAACCAAUCUCAUCUUAAUCGGACCGAUUCCAUCGUCCCCUAGGGACUGUACUGUGAACCUUUUGCUUCCUAACGCUUGCAAAGUGAGUUGUCUCUCUUUGGAGUCAAGAACGCUUAUGUAGACGUUAGAUUUUUGGAGGGAUCCAACAUAAAAUCAAUUGGCAAUAAGUGGAGUAACCUCUAAAUUAUAAGAACCAAGCUAAUCUCCGCCAACGACUAUAAAAUUCAACAAAGAAUCCUUAUUGGAACAGGAACAGCCAUCACUAAAGCUGACAAAAAAAACCCCAUCAUAUCUCUUUUCUUUCUUUUUGGUCCAUUAAACAAUUUGAAAGGGUCGACCAAUGUAUUGACCCUCUUGACAUGACUAUAGGGUUUUCCCAGCUUGGAAUGUUUGGCUGGGAGGUGCUCUUGCGAGAUAGUCUGGCUAGGUAAAAGUCUCCAUUGGGUUUGUAAGCUCUAGAGACUUCUUUGGGACAGAGUAUUUCAUUUUCCAAGCCCAUAAACGCUCCGCCUCCGCCGCCGCCGCCAACCAAACAAAAGACAUGGAAAUCGAAGUGAAGAUCCGGCUGCCAUCUGCUGCCGCCCACCAAACCCUACCCUCUCCCCUCUCCCCCUACCACCUUGUCACCCACUGCCAGCACAACACCUUUUUCGACGGUGUUGCCGCCAUGCUCUCCUCCUGCCGCGCUGUCCUCCGGCUCCGCUUCUACGGCGACGACGCACCUGGCAUCGUCGUCAACCUCAAGACCAAUGCUGUUAUAACUAAUGGUGUCAGCCGUGUCGAGGCAGAGGAGGAGGAGCUCGACCCACGGGUUGGCCGCGAGUGCAUGGCCGACCCGCGGCGCCUCGGCGGGGUCCGCUCGAGGGUCAUGGACAGGGUUAGGGAUGAGUUUGAGGUGAGUGGUGGUAAUGGGUUUGUUUGCUUGGGUGGGUUUAGGAAUGUGAGGGGAGUGUAUGAUUGGAAUGGACUGGUGUUGGAAGUUGACGAGACUUUUUAUGAGUUUGGGACUUGUUAUGAGAUAGAGUGUGAGAGUCUGGAGCCUGAGAAGGCCAAGGAUUCGAUUGUGGGUUUUUCAAGGAGAAUGGAUUUGGGUAUUCUUACUCUGAGGCUUCGAAGUUUGCAAUUUUCCGAGCCGGGAAGCUGCCGCUGUGAGGUACCUGCCAAUUGUUCAUCGACAGCAGCGGCUGAGGACACGGAAUAGAAGAAAUUAUGUUCAGUUACUGGAGCUAAGUUCAGUGCUCUCAAGUCUGCUGCAGUGUUUGCAGCAACUAGAGUAUGUGAUGGGAAAAGGAAAAAGAAAGGAAUUGGAGUCGGAAAUCGACGAUAAACAUAUUUUUUUAACUUUGAAUCAACUUAUUGAUAUCGCGAAUUAUGUAUGUACGAAUUCGAAUUAAUCACUGGAGUUGUCUUAACUAUGGGCAACCUUUUAUAUUUA